GCCCUCGCCUGUUUGGGGCCAAACCCGACACCAAAGAGUUACGAAAAAAAAAAAAAUUAAACACGGUGAGUUUCCGUUAUUUAUCCUGUAGGGAAGGGGGGAGCUCUUUUUCGGUUUUCCCUCACAAUCUUUUUUCCCCUCGUAGCGCACACUCCCCACAGUCUGUGCGACACGGCCCUGCCUUUUCUCCCUGUGAUUCUGCGAACCGGCUUCCUGUGUUUCCGAGGCUCUCGCAGUACGCGGAGGGAGAGCGGAGGUCCAGGAGCUGCUGCCAGCCUGCCACCUCAACAUGGUGUAGCCGUGUUUCUUCCACAGCAGCUAUAGGGAAACACAAAGAGAGCUCAGCGUCGAACUGUUGUCCCUAAAAACAAUAACUUCACCAAUGAAGAGACGCAGCGUUGCAGGGAUACGAUCAGCCUGAAAGGAAGAAGGAUAGACUUAAAAUUUGUAUUUAUUAUCUAAAAGAUGGCGAACGACUCUCCAGCGAAAAGUCUGGUGGAUAUAGAUCUUUCCUCUUUGCGGGAUCCUGCAGGGAUAUUUGAAUUGGUGGAAGUGGUCGGCAAUGGAACCUAUGGACAAGUAUACAAGGGGCGGCAUGUCAAAACCGGGCAGCUGGCGGCCAUCAAGGUCAUGGACGUCACAGAGGAUGAAGAGGAGGAAAUCAAACUGGAGAUUAAUAUGCUCAAGAAGUACUCCCAUCACAGAAACAUUGCCACCUACUAUGGUGCUUUCAUCAAAAAGAGCCCCCCUGGGCACGAUGACCAGCUGUGGCUGGUGAUGGAAUUCUGUGGGGCAGGCUCCAUCACAGACCUGGUGAAGAACACCAAGGGGAACACGCUGAAGGAGGACUGGAUUGCCUACAUCUCCAGAGAGAUCCUCAGAGGACUGGCCCACUUGCACGCCCACCAUGUCAUCCACCGUGACAUCAAGGGCCAGAACGUCCUCUUGACAGAGAAUGCAGAGGUCAAGCUAGUGGAUUUUGGUGUGAGCGCCCAGCUGGACAGGACAGUGGGCCGAAGGAACACCUUCAUUGGGACACCUUACUGGAUGGCCCCCGAGGUCAUCGCCUGUGACGAGAACCCAGACGCCACCUAUGAUUAUAGAAGUGACUUAUGGUCCUGUGGGAUAACAGCCAUCGAAAUGGCCGAAGGGGCCCCUCCUCUGUGUGAUAUGCAUCCAAUGCGAGCACUUUUCCUCAUCCCCAGAAACCCUCCACCAAGACUCAAGUCCAAGAAAUGGUCCAAGAAGUUCUUCAGCUUCAUCGAGAGCUGCCUGGUGAAGAACUACACCCAGCGCCCCCCCACAGAGCAGCUGCUGAAGCACCCCUUCAUCCGGGACCAGCCCAACGAGAGGCAGGUCCGCAUCCAGCUCAAGGACCACAUCGACCGCACCCGCAAGAAGAGAGGGGAGAAAGAUGAGACAGAAUAUGAGUACAGUGGGAGUGAAGAGGAAGAGGAGGAAGCUCCCGAGCAGGAGGGAGAGCCCAGCUCCAUUGUGAACGUACCAGGGGAGUCGACGCUGCGCAGGGACUUCAUCCGUCUGCAGCAGGAGAACAAGGAGCGCUCGGAGGCUCUCCGCAGACAGCAGCUCCUGCAGGAGCAGCAGCUCCGCGAGCAGGAGGAGUACAAGCGCCAACUGCUGGCGGAGAGGCAGAAGCGCAUCGAGCAGCAGAAGGAACAGAGGCGGCGGCUGGAGGAGCAACAACGGCGCGAGCGAGAGAUGAGGAGGCAGCAGGAGCGCGAGCAGCGGCGGAGAGAGCAGGAGGAGAAGCGGCGCGUGGAGGAGAUGGAGCGUAGGCGCAAGGAGGAAGAGGAGCGCAGGAGGGCCGAGGAGGAGAAGAGGAGAGCCGACCGCGAGCAGGAGUACAUCCGCCGGCAGCUGGAAGAGGAGCAGAGACACCUGGAGAUCCUGCAGCAGCAGCUGCUGCACGAACAAGCCAUGCUGCUGGAGUACAAGUGGCGAGAGAUGGAGGAGCAGCGUCAGGCGGAGAGACUCCAGCGGCAGCUACAGCAGGAGCAGGCCUACCUGCUGUCCCUCCAGCAGGACCACAGACAGCAACAGCAACAGCACCAACAGCAGCAGCAGGACAGGGAGCCGAAAGGCCCCGCCCCUGAACCCCAACCUGAGCCAGUUGAGCGGGUCAGAGAGGCUGAUGAGAGAUUCCGAAAGAAUGUUCAGGGCUCACCUCAAGCAGCCCAAUCCAAGCAGCCCCCUGUGCCCUCCCGCCCUGAACCCUUCUCUAACGGCAGCUCCUCCGAGCAAGCCCCACCCGCAAUGCACAGGCCUAUGGAACCACAGGUCCAGUGGUCUCAUCUGGCAGCUCCCCCCGUGUCUCGCUCCCAUUCCUUCAGUGAUCCUGUUCCUAGUUUUGCACAUCUCCAUCUCCGCUCUCAGGACCCAUACCACCCAACGCCCGCACGCAGUGACCACUCAGAGCCUAGGGCAGAGCCCCCCGAGCCCGGCCCUAAGGACAAGCACCCCGGGGCCUGGGCUCGGGCCAACACUGACGAGGUCCCUCCCAGGGUUCCAGUAAGGACGACAUCGAGGUCCCCCGUGCUGUCCCGGCGAGACUCUCCCCUCCAGGGCAACGUGCAGCCUAGCAGCCAGGCUGGACAGAGAAACGCCAGCAAUGCAGAGCCGCGCCUCCUGUGGGACCGUGUGGAGAAGCUGGCCUCCAGGCCUGGCAGUGGAAGCUCCUCUGGCUCCAGCAACUCAAGCUCUCAGGCAGGCUCCCAGAGUGGCUCCGGGGAGAGGUUCCGGGUCCGCUCCUCUUCAAAAUCGGAGGGUUCCCCAAUGCAGCGCCCGGAAAAUGCUGGGAAAAAGCCAGAGGAGAAGAAGGACUUUGUCAGACCGAACCGGCCUGCUGGGGACGUGGACCUCACUGCCCUGGCCAAGGAGCUGCGUGCAGUGGAGGACAUCCGCCCCCCUCACAAAGUCACAGACUACUCCUCCUCCAGUGAAGAGUCGGGGACCACUGAUGAGGACGACGAGGACGUGGACCAGGAGGGGGCAGACGAGUCCACCUCGGGCCCUGAGGACUCCCGGGCUGUCUCGUCCAAACUGAGCAACGGAGAGACGGAGUCAGUGAAGACCAUGAUCGUUCACGAUGAGGCGGAGAGCGACCCGGCGACCACACCCUGCAAGGAUGGCACUUUAAUCGUCAGACAGAGCGUGGGUGACAAAAAGCGCCCCAGCCCAAGCCACCCAGAGAGCAAUGGCUUUGCCGGCCGUAUUCACCUCUUACCAGAUCUCAUCCAGCAAAGCCAUUCCUCCUCCUCCAACUCCCCUUCAUCCACCCAGAUGAGCCCCUCCAUGUCCCCUCAGACCCCCCUGGACAAGCUCACUGCUAACCAGACCCAGUCAGCAAGUAACACUCUGCAGAAACACAAGUCGUCUUCCUCCUUCACCCCCUUCAUCGACCCCCGGCUGCUGCAGAUCUCGCCCUCCAGCGGGACCUCCCUCAACAAUGUGGCAGGCUUUGGCAACGAGGCCAGGCUUCAGGACGUCCUCAGACAGGACCCCUCCAGGAAGGGCUCGGUGGUCAAUGUGAACCCCGUCAACACGCGGCCGCAGAGUGACACCCCCGAAAUCCGCAAGUACAAGAAGAGGUUCAACUCCGAGAUCCUGUGUGCUGCAUUGUGGGGUGUGAACCUGCUGGUGGGCACUGAGAGCGGCCUGAUGCUGCUGGACCGGAGCGGGCAGGGGAAGGUGUACCCCCUCAUCAGCCGGCGACGCUUCCAGCAGAUGGACGUGCUGGAGGGUCUCAACGUCCUGGUGACAAUAUCAGGUAAGAAGAACAAGCUGCGCGUGUACUACCUGUCCUGGCUGAGGAACAAGAUCCUGCACAACGACCCAGAGGUGGAGAAGAAGCAGGGCUGGACCACCGUGGGGGACCUGGAGGGCUGCGUGCACUAUAAAGUCGUGAAAUACGAACGAAUCAAGUUCCUAGUUCUUGCUUUGAAGAAUUCUGUGGAAGUCUAUGCAUGGGCCCCAAAGCCAUACCACAAGUUCAUGGCCUUCAAGUCAUUUGGAGACCUGGUGCACAAGCCCUUGCUUGUCGACCUGACAGUGGAGGAGGGCCAGAGGCUGAAGGUCAUCUAUGGCUCAUGCUCUGGGUUCCACGCUGUGGAUGUGGACUCCGGUGCGGUGUAUGACAUCUACUUGCCCACACACAUCCAGACCAGUAUCCAGUCUCACGCCAUCAUCAUCCUGCCGAACACGGACGGCAUCGAGCUGCUGGUGUGCUACGAGGACGAGGGCGUCUAUGUCAACACGUACGGCAGGAUCACCAAGGACGUGGUGCUGCAGUGGGGGGAGAUGCCCACUUCUGUGGCCUACAUCAGGUCCAACCAGAUCAUGGGCUGGGGAGAGAAGGCCAUUGAGAUCCGCUCUGUGGAGACGGGGCACUUGGACGGCGUCUUCAUGCACAAGAGAGCCCAGCGACUCAAGUUCCUAUGUGAGAGAAAUGACAAGGUGUUCUUUGCAUCUGUGCGUUCUGGAGGCUCCAGCCAGGUCUACUUCAUGACCCUGGGGAGAAGCUCACUGCUCAGCUGGUAGAAAACACUCUGACACAGUGGGGAAAGGAUGCUGGAAUGACCGUCUUCAAGAUGACAAUGGAAAAAAAAGCCCCUUUGACUUAAUCUGCAGCUGGAGUACCAAGCUACACCGAGCACUGAGGACGUACAACACCUAAGACUACUGGCGGCAAUGAGACCAAUCUAGAAUUUUACAGCAGCGAAUAAACGUGUAAAUGUGCCAGGAUGCAAAGAGGCUCUUGGUGCUGUUAAGGUUGUGGAUAUGGAGCAUCAGCGUCACCGUGUCAAUAAUGGUGCAUCACCAGGCUCCAGACAAACUAAACACUGCUCUAGAUUCCCUCUCGGGUUUAUGUCCCGAUCUCCGUCUCUUCACACAGUUAACGAGCCCCCUAAAAACUGCAGCUCAGCCCGGAGGCCAGGGGUCCGAACCUGUACCAUUCAAGCUCUAGUAUAUGUUAGAUCAGACAAAGGGGCAGGGGGGGUCAGAGCCCGUGCUGUUAAUACUUCGGUGUAUGUUACUGUAGAUGUCUGUCGUUCGAGUACAGUGUCAUACGGCUCCCAAACCAAAGCUCACCUGCGACAAUUCAAUAGCCGCAAUUGUCAUGUUGUGUUUCCGUACCAGAAUUGCGCAGCUCCUGUAACUUCAGGGUGUGGGGGUGUGGUUAUGUCAGUGGGCACUGAGAGGGUUUCUGCUGGAGUAGCCUAUGGCAUUACACAGGAGAAUGCAGCUGCUCCUGCUGCUGGCUAAUGAGGACAGAGGGAGGAGACAGCGGGUCUUGAUGAUGUCAGGAAUGGGGGUAGGGUUGGAGGGGGGUUGCCUCUGGCAGGACUUUGUCAGGUUUGAUAUGUUUGGCCAGACAUGUAACAUUUCAUAGGCAUGACAAGUUGGCACAUUGGACAGAAGCGUGUUUUCUCAUAAAUUUUCUGUGGAGGCGCAGGGGCAUUCAGUUCUGACAUAUUUUAUGUGUCCUUUUUUCAAACUCUUGCAUUAAAUCUUUAUUUUCUACGUUUACUCACAACCCAGCCCACUUAUUGCUGAAGCACAGUUAAAAUGAAGUGGAGUGGUUUGAGGUUUUGUUCUGUGACAGAAAAUGGUGAAUAGAGGGUCUCCUCUGCUAGUUUAUACUUUACAUGACUAACACAGCUCCCUCAAUGGGUGGACUCCAACCCCUCUAGCUGCACCACCUUUGUGGAUGAUCUUUCUCUCGGUACACAUCCUGAGGUGACUUUAAUGAGACUACUUUUUCCCCUCUCGGCUCGGUCUUCUCUUGUUGGGUGUAGUCCAGUCCAGGGUAUACCAUGUCAGAUUUAAGUUCUCUCAAUUGUACCAGGUGGAGAGCAGUUGGAUGAAGUGACCCCUGACCAGCAGUAGACUAUUUGACAGCCAGGCAGUGACCAUUGGGGAGAGACCAGUCCAUCUUUUGAAUGAGGCUGAUAAAAAUGGAGAACUGUGAGGGAUCCUACAUGUGUUUUUAAAUUCACUAAUACGUUGUUAAUAAAUGACUCUGCUGAAACACCCAAUUUUGGUAGCAGAAGAUGCAACUUUGCUUGAAUUUGCAACUGUGAUUCAAGUGGUAUUUUGUUUCAUUAGUUAAGUUUUUUCCUUGUUGUUUUGUGUCCCUUUAUAUUUUGUUGACUCUUUUGUUACUGAAUGCAAUGCACUAAGUCUGUCUGGAAUGUAGAAGAAAAUCCUGCUUCCUGGUUAAUGCCAUAAUCCUAUCUUUCAUAGACACAAGUUUAUUGUCAGGUCCUGUAGCUUUUUUGAAAAUUACACCGAAGAAGAAAGCAGACUGGAUCUUCAUUUUGUGAUGAAACUUAAUUUUUUUCCAUGGUGUUUCAGGCCUGGCUCAAGGUUUUAUUUGAACUCUUAAGAAAUGGAGAAAGAUGAAGUGCACAAUACAUUGUGUAUGUAAAAGCCAGAAUGCCGCUGUUGCGUUCUCAAAGCGUUACCCGUCUAGGUUCCUUUUGGGUACUGUGCAUUACAGUUGCCUUAAAUGCUGUUCAUCAAUGGAACAGAACCACUGAAGUUUCUAUAGGGCUUAGACUUAAACCUUCAUAUGAAACAGCAUGAUGGUCCAUCACAGGGCUUUUUAGUCGUGUUUAUUAUUUUUUUUCCCACUGUGCACUACUUCAGCUUCACGAUGGCUGGUCAUAAGUACAUUUUUAAGUGGACAAUUUGCUGGCUUGUUUCCUUUAUUCUGGAGUGACAUGAUGCAGCUUAAUUGCUUUUGGGGGACAGCAGAAACAAGAGAAGAGGAGUGAUGUUGGAGCAGCUUUGCAACUUUGUUUUGUUUGGGGGCUAAAGUGUGCUGGUACUGGACAAGGACACGCAUUCGCAGCUCUCUCUUCCAUCCCCGAUUCCGAAGACUCUGUAAUACCAUCUUGCCAUCAGCAGUGGAGGGCCAUGUGGACCAGCUUUCCCUUUGGCAGUACCAUUGGCCUCCGGUAACAAUGGAGAAAAGGGAUUUGAUUGUCAAAGACCUGAGCGCACCUCUGACCCCUGUGGGCUGUCCUUGUUUGGUCUCCUAACCUCUCUGUCUGUUUGGACCUGUUGACAAGCACUGCUCUCGCUCCACGCAAACUGUUUCACGGUUCAGUUUUCUUUCGUGCUUGAAAAAACUCAACAGAAGAACCGACGGCAUGCGUGUGCGUGCGUGUGUGUGUGUGUGUGUGUUUGUGUGUUUAAGGUCGUCAUGGUGGUUAGUCCCUCGUAACUCUGACGGAGUCUCUCAUUGGACUGUCUCAUUCAUAAUGCUAAGGUGUGUCAAGGCCUUUCAUAAGUGACUUCACCAUUUACAGAAAACUGUUGAAUUGUUGAAUGGAAAACUGUUUUCUCUCUGCAGUCUGUGAAAAGCAGCCCCUCCUGCUGUUUUUAAGAAGUGCCAAGAUGGCAAAGUUACAAGUGUAAACAGUAUUACAGAACCACUACAUUAAUAA